AUGAGGAUCAGAGUCAGUGCUCCCCUGGGGGUCAGGGCACCCCAGAGCAGACAGAGGAAUAUUCCCGGUGCUCUGGGAUUCCACACAGGAGAAUCCUUUUCCCUCCGCUCCCAUCCCGCGGGGGGAUGCUCAGGGAGCUUCGGGGCUCUCGGGGCGGGCCUUGGGCAGGUGGGGGCGGGCAGAGCCUCGGCUUUUGGCAGCAUCACAACAGGCAGAGGCAGCGGCAGGAGCCGGCGGCUGCUGCGGAGGAUGCGAACUUUGCGCUGGCUGCUGCUGCCGCUGGUUACGGGAAUUCACCCAGAAUGCAAAAUAUUCCAGCAGGUGGUCAAAGAGGAGGCUCUCUGCUUGGAACACAACGAAUCUGCCUCACCUGAUCUUAAAGGAUGUGCCAGAGAUUGGGAUGGUUUAACCUGCUGGCCCAGAGCCACUUUUGGGGAAGUGGUUAAAAUUCCCUGCCCACGAUUUUUUGAAGAAUUCACCAGUACACACGGUUUCCUUCAGAGGAACUGUACACAGGAGGAAUAUUGGUCAGAGCCAUUCCCACCAUACACCAUUGCCUGUGGCUUUGAUGAAGGUUCCAGUAAAGGACCUGAGGAUCAGAAAUCCUAUUAUUCUGCGUUUUGGCGUGUCUACACCGCUGGCUAUGCAGCAUCCGUGACUUCGCUCAUUACAGCUCUAAUUGUCUUUGCUGCCUUCAGAAAAUUCCACUGCACACGGAAUUACAUCCACAUGCACCUGUUUGUCUCCUUUAUCUUGAGAGCAGUUGCUGUUUUCACCAAAGAUGCUGUUUUGUUUGCAGAUGAAACUAUGGACCACUGCCUCAUGUCAACGGUUGCUUGCAAGGCUGCUGUGGCCUUCUUCCAGUUCAGUAUUUUAGCCAAUUUCUUCUGGCUUCUCAUCGAAGGGAUCUACCUGCAAACCCUGCUGCUGCUGACCUUUGUUUCCAACAAGAAGUUUGUGUGGUGGUUCGUAUUUACUGGCUGGGGAGCUCCCACUGCUGUGAUGUUUGCUUGGGUCCUCACACGAAUCCAUCAACAGAACACUGGAUGUUGGGAUGAUGAUGAAAAUGGAGUGGUGUUAUGGAUCAUUAAAGGCCCAAUCCUGCUGACUGUAUUAAUUAACUUUAUUAUAUUCAUUAAUGUGAUCAGGAUUCUAGUCCAUAAAUUGAAAUCCCAGGAGGGAGGAGGGAGCCAUUCAAGCCACUUUGUGAGACUUGCAAAGUCCACGUUACUUUUGAUCCCCCUCUUUGGGGUGCACUACAUUGUAUUUGCAUUUUUCCCAGAGAGCACAGGUCUGGAGGCUCGGCUGUACAUCGAGCUGGGCCUGGGCUCAUUUCAGGGUUUUGUUGUUGCUCUCCUAUAUUGCUUCUCAAAUGCAGAGGUUCAAACUGAGCUGAAGAAACAACUGUGCAAGUGGCAGUACCAGGAGUACCUGACCUUCACCCACAAGCACGGGGCUUUGUCCAGAGAAACCAGCCCAGUCAACUACGUCACUCAGCUCUCCCUGCUGGACAAAAUCAGCCCCAAAAGGAGAACCUCUGUGCUCCAGGAUGGUGUCACCACUGUCUGA